AGUCCCGGGUUCGAGUCUCUAGUCCCAUUCUCCCGUGGGUCGUACCCUGCCUACCACUCCCGGCUGUGAAGUGGUCGCAGCUGCCCCGCCAUGGCCCAGAAACCCAAGGUCGACCCCCACGUCGGGCGGCUGGGCUACCUGCAGGCGCUGGUCACCGAGUUCCAGGAGACUGCGAGCCGAGACGCCAAGGAGCAAGUGCUGGCCAACCUGGCCAACUUCGCCUACGACCCCGGCAACUACGAGUACCUGCGGCAGCUGCAGGUCGUGGACCUGUUCCUCGACUCGCUGUCGGAGGAGAAUGAGACGCUGGUGGAGUUCGCCAUGGGAGGCCUCUGCAACCUGUGUGUGGACAGGGCCAACAAGGAGCACAUCCUGCAGGCGGGAGGCGUCCCGCUCAUCACCAACUGCCUGGCCAGCACCAACGAGGAGACAGUGCUGUCCGCCGUCACCACGCUCAUGUACCUGGGCUCGCCGGGCCCCAGCGCCCACCCCGAGCUCACCGCCAUGCCCGUCGUCCAGUGCAUGCUGCGCUUCUCCCUCUCGGCCAACGCGAGGCUCCGGAACCUGGCUCAGAUCUUCCUGGAAGACCUCUGCUCCCCAAGCCAAGUGGCUGAGGCACGCAGCCGGCAGGCGCACUCUGCCCUGGGCAUCCCACUGCCAAGGACCGCGCCCCCACAGCACCCCUAACCCACCCAUCACAGUCCUGGGUGGACACAGGAAGUGGGCAGAGCCCAGCAACCCUGCA